UUGACAUAAAAGGAAAUCCAAAAAUCUACCCUAUUAACCACUAUAUUCUGCCUUCCAAUUUUAACAACAUUUCCUUUAAUAAAAAUCCCUCACAUUCCUUCUUUAUAUUCUGUGUUCUGUCACGGUGCAAAAAUAUUCUGAGUUUCACCAAUUCAUCUCUCUUUGAACAUGGGUGCUUUCGCCAUUGCUGCAACAACAUUUGUGGUGCUUUCUCUUUUACAGCAGCUACAUGCAGGACAUGAAGAGAAGGUGGAGAGAGAUGAAACUGUAAAGGGAAGCGACUACUGUGAUCUUUUUCAUGGCAGUUGGGUGUAUGACGAAUCAUACCCUCUCUAUGAAUCGUCAAACUGUCCAUUCAUUGAGAAGCAGUUUGAUUGCCAGAUGAAUGGUCGACCUGAUAAAGAGUAUCUUAAAUACAGAUGGCAGCCCACUGCCUGCAACUUGCCAAGGUUCAAUGGAGAAGAUUUGUUGUCGAGAAUGAGUGGGAAGAGCAUCAUGUUCGUUGGGGACUCUCUCAGUUUAAAUCAGUGGCAAUCACUCACAUGCAUGCUUCACACAGCUGUGCCACACGCCAAGUACACAAUUAAGACUGUUGAAGGCCUCUCUACAUUCAAAUUUUCAGAGUACAACACAAAAGUGAUGUUCUCCCGUAAUGCUUUCCUAGUGGAUAUUGUAAGCAUGCCAAUUGGGCGAGUUCUGGAGCUUGAUUCAAUUGAAGGUUCCAAAUUAUGGAAAGGAGCUGAUGUCUUGAUCUUCAACACAUGGCAUUGGUGGCUUCACACCGGAAGGAAACAACCAUGGGAUUUCAUCGAAGAUGGAAAUCAUACACAGCCAGACAUGGAUCGCUUGGUUGCCUAUGAGAAAGCGUUAAAUACAUGGGCUAAAUGGGUUGACACCAAUGUUGAUAUUCCUUCUAAAACCUCGGUUUUCUUUCAAGGAGUCUCCCCUGAUCACAUGAAUUCAAACGAUUGGGGAGAACCGAAUGCAAAGAAUUGUGCAGGGCAGACAAAGCCGAUAAGUGGAGGAAAUUACCCAGGAGGUAAACACCCGGCAGAGCUAGUGGUUGAGAAAGUGCUAAGGUCCAUGUCAAAGCCGGUUUAUCUACUCAAUGUGACCACUCUAUCACAGCUAAGAAAAGAUGGACAUCCAUCAGUGUUUGGCCAUGGUGGCCACAGAGACAUGGACUGCAGCCAUUGGUGCCUGCCUGGUGUUCCUGAUACUUGGAAUGAACUCCUAUACGCAGCUCUCAUUCAAAGCUGAAGAUUUGAAAUCCAAUUUUUUAUUCAUAAAAGUGGUUUGUAAUUGACAAUAAUAUU